GAUCUGUGUUUUAUAAGUAGGUCCGGGCACGCCACCGGAUUUUCCAUUAUCCGAUAUGAUUCGUUGAGUUGGGUGUUUAAAAUUUGAAUUUCGAAUUCAAGUUCCGGGUCUUGAUCGAUGAUUACUCGUAUUCUACGGAUACCCAUCUGCUAGAAUCGGUACCAAACCAAUGCAUUACAUACCAUAUGGAGUUUUUAUAGCCUCAGUCCUCGUCCAAGAUGAACCAGGUCGAGGGCCGUAGAGACCAGACGUGUGGGGAUGAAUCUUCGUCUUCGUGUUCAUGCGGAGGAAUCCCAUUUCAAUGGGUUGUGUUCGCUCAGUCCAAUUCGCGUAACAAAUGGCUACUGCAUUCCUCAAAGUCUGAAACUUUGUUCGAAAUCUCGUGUCUUUCUCUCGUUUUCUUCAGUUUUGGACCGAACCCAGAUCGAGAGCUUCGUUGUCUGUGCAAGAAGCAAGAGAAGAAGAUCAUCUGGGCACCAAAGCGCAGCGAGGCUCCUGCUCAAGUCGCUGUCGUUGUUGACCAGAAAUCUCCAGAUUUUACCAGAGCCGUUGGAUUUUGUUAUAGCUGAAUUGGGGGGCGGUGGAGAUGGAGGAGGGGGUCUAGGGUUUCGGAGAGGAUUCGGAGGAUCCGAUGGAUGGCGAAGAAAAGGGAAGAGAAUAUCCCUGUCGGUGUUCUUUUGGACAAUUCUAGGGUUCUUCGGUCUCUGCAUUAUUUCUGGGAGUAAGAAGGGUGACAUGAUUUUGCCGGUUUUAGGGUUUCUCUUCUUCAGCAUUGCUUUGGCCAAGCAGUUGAAGAUCAGAUCCAAAGAUUUGGCUCUUGGGGUUUUCUGCAUCGGAGCUUCGCUGUUUGUGGGAUUGAAGAUGGAGAAGAAGACGUUCAUCAAAUUAGCUGAGGAAAUAAGGAGUCGUUCUUCUGUCCGUACCCUUGAAAAGAGGAAAAACAAGAGAGUUCACAGAAGAGUGUAAGAAACGAGAUUUGAGUUCUUAUCCUUUUUCAGGUUUCCUUCAUUUUUCCAUGUCUUCUUCACGUUCCGGAAUCCAAAUUCAUUCGUUUUAUACAUAUAGAUACACACACAUAAUAUAUAUAUGUAUAUGUAUAAACAGGCUUAUAUAUUUCUUUUCUGCACAAACUCCGAGACCAAUAAUCUGAUCUUCUUGAUAAGUCAAGUCGGGAACUCACACGGUUUGGUCAGUGUUUUCCCGGCCAAACAACAGUUCGAUAGCAUCAUAUUAACUAACUGAAGAAACCUCUCUGAUGUCUAUUAACGCCUGAAACGUGAAGGGGAUUUGGUAAAACAUUACAGUUAAAAAAAAAAA